UCUGAUUCUGGAUACCAGCACAUUGAUGGAGCUUAUUCCUACAUGAAUGAGGCAGAGGUAGGAGCUGCUGUGAAAAAGAAGAUUGAUGAAGGAGUUGUGACAAGAGAAAAUCUCCUCAUAGUUAGUAAAUUCUGGUGUACGCUCCAUAUUCCAGAGGAUGUGAAGCCAAGUCUGAUAGAAAGUUUAUGUGCCUUGCAGCUUAAUUACCUCGAUCUCUACCUCAUCCACUUCCCUGUGGGAUUCCAGAAAGUGCUGGGUGAACUGUUUCCAAUGCAAGAAGGCAGAAUUCUAGUGACUGAUACUGACUACAUGGACACCUGGAGGGCUAUGGAAAGUUUGGUGGAUGAAGGACUGGUGAAAUCGAUUGGUGUUUCCGAGAAUAAUAUUUCCCAGUUGAAAAGACUCCUGUCAGUAGCUCGUAAAGCUCCGGCAGUGAAUCAGGUGGAACUUCAUCCAUAUCUGACUCAGGCUGAACCGGUGGAGUUCUGUGCAUCCAGAGAUAUUGCACUGAUGGCAUUUAGUCCUCUUGGGUCUCCAGGUCGUACUCUAUUGAAUGAUUCCGCAGAUCCAAAAGACCUUCUCAAAGAUCCAGUGGUAAAACAAAUAGCGAAGAAACACAAGAAGAGCCCAGCCCAGGUGCAAUGGAUGUAA